AUGGACGGAAAUCGUCGAUAUGCGAAGAAGAAUAGUGUUGACAACUGUGCUGGACAUUAUAAAGGCUUUGAUAAGUUGUCCGAGACGUUAAAGUGGUGCCUAGAUCUAGGCAUUCCAGAAGUGACUGUGUACGCAUUUAGUAUAGAAAACUUUAAAAGAAGUAAAGAAGAAGUUGAUGGCCUAAUGGAUUUAGCUAGAGACAAGUUUCAAAGAUUAUUGGAUGAAAUUGAACAAAUCAAUGAGUGGGGUGUGCGGAUACAUAUCGCUGGUCGACUGUCUCUAUUACCGGAGGAUUUACAAGCUCUCGUGUCAAAGUCUAUGCUGGCAACAAAGCAUAAUAAUAAGCUUAGGCUUAAUAUUGCUUAUGCCUAUACAGGAAGGGACGAAAUCAGCAGAGCCGCCUCGCACAUUGUAGAUGGAGUGAAGAACAAUGAUUUGUCACCACAAGACAUUGAUGAUGAACUUGUAUCAAGAACCCUAGAGCUAAGGGAAGCUGAGCUUCUUGUUAGGACAUCAGGCGAAGUGAGACUGUCUGACUUCAUGUUAUGGCAGGUUUCUGAUACUGUGUUAUACUUUACGGAAGUUUUAUGGCCAGAGUUCAGUAUUUGGAAUCUUUUAGCUGCCAUUAUACACUUCCAAAGAUAUGCUCCACCACCUAAAGAGCCAGAAAACAUCAGCGAUACAAAGAAACAGUUCCUAGAAAAAUUGGAAAGCCAAAGAUGGCAGCAUAUUGAAAAAAUAGUCAAUUAUCCAUUGUAUGCAUAG